AUGCCCGAGGUCGAUACCGUUUAUCCUGCUGAUGCGCUCGAGUUCUGUCCGCAUCCGGCUGCUCAAGAUAUCUUCGUGUGUGGAACGUACAAGCUAGACGAUGCCUCGGAAGACCCAGCGGCAGCACCAUCACCACAGCACAGACGUGGACAAUGUCUUGUAUUUGCCGUUGAGGAUGCAGGCGAGCCGAAGAUUGUGAAAUUACAAGAGAUCGACCUGCCAGCUAUUCCGGAUAUGAAAUGUCAUCGGUCUGAAUCCAACAACCCGUUACUGGGAGUGGCAAAUUCUGAGGGUCGCGUAACUUUACAUGAAUGGGAGAGCAACGAGAGAAAUCUUCGUCAACUAGCUGACAUAGAAUGCGCUUCUUCAGAUAUUCUCUGUUUAUCCCUUGACUGGUCUAAUCGCCGGUAUACUGGAACCGGGACUGGCUCUUUAGUAGUUUCUCUCUCCAACGGCCAAUUGGCUCUAUUGCAACCCGACGACCAGAACCUCGCCGUCACACAAUUAUGGCAUGCGCAUGAUUACGAGCCUUGGAUUGCUGCUUGGGAUUACUGGAACACUAAUUUGAUCUAUUCGGGUGGUGACGACUUGCAAUUGAAAUGCUGGGAUAUUCGUGAGGGCUUUUCCAAGCCUGUAUUUUUGAAUCGCCGUUUUGAGGCAGGUGUAACAACUUUGCAGAGUAAUCCCCAUCGGGAGCAUUUGAUUGUUGUAGGGAGUUACGAUACCUCGGUACGGCUGUAUGACUCCAGGAAGGCGGUGGCCCCAGUUGGUACAGCCGACGCAGGUGGUGGAGUUUGGAGGGUGAAAUGGCAUCCAUCCCCGCUUCGGGCGGACGACUUACUGGUGGCCUGCAUGCAUGACGGUUUCAAAAUCCUCCACUUCGAUGGCGCAGACAAAGCGCCGAUGCAAAUACAAGGAACUGUGGCAAAACGCUUUGACGAUCAUCAAUCACUCGCAUAUGGCGCAGAUUGGUCCUACGCCAGAACAACCACGAAUAAGACUGACCGAACGCUUAUUGGUAGUUGCUCAUUUUAUGACCACAAAUUAUGCCUUUGGAGAGGCUGA